UCUCACCCACUUUCUACUUGUCAUAGAACCCAAACACUCCAAAGUACAAACACCAACACUCUCGGUAUCUCCGUCUUCUUCACUCCAACCACCGAACUACCUCCGCUGUCUGCAGCUCCUCCACAUCGUUAUUCUCGCCUUCCUCCGCCUCAAAUACCCAUAAAUCCAAAACCACACUCGUUUAUCAUUUCUGUUAUCAUCCCUCUAAAUGGCUUCCUCAGCUCUUGCUCAUUCACUCAUCUCUCCACUCAAUUCUCAUUCCCCGAUCUCUAUCCGAACCCCUAAAACCCUCUCUGUAUCUUCCUUCAAUGGGUUUUCUAUCCCAAGGAUCUCCAGAUCCCCUCUUGUAUCUAACCAAUUGAAGACAACCCACACCAGUUUAAUCGCUAACUGUGCUUCAACUGCUAGUGAUAGCUCAAAAGAUGAAACCCCAAUUGAACUCAGGUUCCCUGCAUUUCCUACUGUUGUUGAUAUCAAUCAGAUUCGUGAGAUUUUGCCACACCGAUUUCCAUUUCUUUUGGUGGACAGGGUGAUUGAGUACAAUCCAGGAGUUUCAGCAGUUGGCAUCAAGAAUGUGACCAUCAAUGACAACUUUUUCCCUGGCCAUUUUCCUGAUAGACCAAUUAUGCCUGGUGUUCUUAUGGUUGAGGCAAUGGCACAAGUUGGUGGUUUGGUAAUGUUGCAACCGGAAGUGGGCGGCUCACGUGACAGUUUCUUCUUCGCCGGAAUUGACAAGGUGAGGUUCAGAAAACCGGUGGUGGCCGGAGACACUUUGGUCAUGAGAAUGACACUCACAAAGCUUCAAAAACGCUUUGGAAUUGCAAAGAUGGAUGGAAAGGCGUAUGUGGGAGGUGAGGUGGUUUGUGAGGGUGAGUUCUUGAUGGCUAUGGGUAGCAGCGAGUGAUGUUUUUUUUUUCGGUUAUUGUAAUAUUUCGUAAGUCGAAAUUUUUAAUAUUUUCGACUUUUGAGUUAAUUUAAGUUGUUCUUAUUGCUUUUAGUAGAACUUGUAUCAAGUAAAUGAAUCAAUGGGGGUUCUUGUAACACCCUUUUCUUAAAUGUAAUCUUGAUAUCUUGAUGUUUUCAAGGGUGAAAUUGUAUGGGAGAUGAUGCUUA